AUGAGACGAAAACAAUCUGAGAAGACAGAAUAUAUUGAUGACACUUCUUCUCUUACGUUGACCGACGAAGGUUCUGCUGAAACCGAACAAGUAGAUCCAGAAAGUUCACGACUGCAAUCCAAUUGUCAUCAUGUAACAUCUUCGAUUGCCGUGCUUAGUAGAGAGGAAUUAAUAUCAUUACAGCAGAAGAGCUGUGAGUUAUGUCCUGAUAACGAAAAGUCACGAUGGGGAUGCUUGCAUCCUUCAUGUGCUUCCUCGUUUUGUGGACUUAAAGAGUUUAACCAUGUAUGUGAUCAUCAUAAGAAUAAUCCUGGUCAUAACAUAUUCGUACAUUUGAGGAAUAACAGGCUUUUUUGCUACAAUUGCGAAGUAGAAGUUGAUAAAGAUAACAACGUUGUGCCUUUAUCAGAGGGGUUUCGACGAACUUUAAUAAGUCUCAAGCGAGGGCGGCAACGAGCCUCUUCGAACUCCCCACAAAUUAAGCAAUCUUGUUCGGAAACUAUUGAAAUGCCCGUGUCAGAGCCGAAAAAGGAGCAGUCCAAUUAUGAUAGGACGAGAGGGCCGGCAUUCCAAUAUUGGUCAUUACAUAGUCGAGCAUAUCUCAAGUUCCUUGAUGACUCGUAUGAGGACGAUUUCCCGAAAGGUUUAACUGGACUCAAUAACCUUGGGAACACUUGCUAUUUUAAUGCUGCUAUACAAGUACUUUCUAGCUGUCCCCCUUUCUCAGAUUUCUUUCGGGACAAGGAUGACUUAAGGCCUUAUGCCGUCGGAGAGCCCGUUGUAAGUAAUCAGAUGGCCCAACUUAUCCAAAGGUUGUGGAGUCCUGAUCGAGAAUCUGCCAUAUCCCCUAAAGCUUUGUUAACUCGUGUAAGAGAUAUGUUUCCUCAAUUCCGUGGUUGGAAUCAACAAGAUGCUCAAGAAUUAAUACGUUGUUUAUUGGAACUUAUACAUAGAGAAUUAGCUCAACCUGUGUAUCCUUAUGAAGUUGAAUUUUUAAAUUCUGGGUCUCAAAGAUCCGCUAGACAUAGUUCGACCAGCUCGAAUGAUAGUGAACAAUUUGAAACGGCUGAUAGUGGUUUGAGUUCGGAUGGAGAAAGCCCAUCCACCUCUAACGACUCUAGAAGAGAUGGCCAGACUUGUACUGAACGAGGUUUGUAUUCAACUAUAUUUCUAUUGUUAAUGCAUGAUGCAGAAAAAGUACGUUCGAAGAAGUAUGAGCCCUGCUUCUGGAGAUCAAUCGUCACUGAUGUGUUUGAUGGAACUAUUGAAAGCGGUGUUAAGUGUUUAACUUGUCAAAACGUGUCUACUACUACUGAAACAUUCCAAGAUUUAUCUUUACCCAUACCUAGUAGGGAGCAAUUGGAUAAGCUAUCUGAUGAUCUCGAUGAAGAAGGAAAUGUGAAACAGAAGGACUCUUGGAGCUUAUGGUGGUCAUGGCUUUCGUCUUUCUCUUCACUUUUUGUUUCUCCCAACACUACUUUAGAAGAUUGUUUAAAAGCAUUCUUCAGCCCUGAUAGAUUAGUUGGAGAUGAUAUGUACUCUUGCGAAAAAUGCAAGAAACUUCGAAACGGAAUUAAAACGUGUAGGAUUAAAAGGGCUCCAGAAGUUCUCUCAAUUCAUAUAAAACGCUUCAGACAUGAUUCUUUCUCUAGUGCAAAGGUAUCCACAAGAUUAGCAUUCCCCUUAGUAGAUUUGGAUAUCUCUGAGUUUUGCAUAGAGAAAGAAGGUACUCGUUAUGACUUGUGUGGUUUUGUCACACAUGAAGGCAGUGGAGCUGAUAGUGGACAUUACCUGGCCUACUGCCGUAAUGAGAGUGAUGGAAAUUGGUAUGAGUUCGAUGACGCGACCGUGACUAAACUAGAUUCUGCUUACGUUCUAACCAAAGAGGCUUAUGUUCUUUUCUAUCAAAGGCAGUUACCCCGACUCAUCCAGGAUGUGCGAGCAGAGGCUGAGCGUAUGCUCUCUCCCGAAGCUGCUGUGAAAAUUAAUCAUCAUAGUUAUAUCUCUACCGAGUGGCUUUUGAAGCUUAGUACAUUCUCAAAACCUGGACAUAUCACUAAUUAUUCUUUCUUGUGUCAACAUGGUCAUCUUCUUCCCCGAAGAGCUGAGCAUAUAUCGACACUGAGCACUCCAAUCUCAUCUGAACUCGCUGAUUCUUUAUUUUCCAAAUUCGGAGGUGGUCCCCGUGUGAAUAAACUGCACUAUUGCCUUGUUUGUCACAAACGAUGGAAACAACUUUGUGACAGAAAGAAGUCGGAAUGCCAGCAAUUCCGAGCACUGAAAGAGGAGCUCGAGAUGGCAGACUAUUCUUAUAACUACAUGAUGAGUUAUCUCCCCAAGGUGGCCAUAAGCCGAUCAUGGUACCAAGCCUGGGAAAAGUUCUUAUUAGAUCCUAUAGCAGAACCACCGGGGCCCAUUGACAACUCUUCAAUUGUUGUAAAGUUACAAGACGGGACUACACGCUUUAAAUCCAAAUCAAGUUUCCAUAGCUUGAAGAGAGAAUUGUAUUUGUUGCUGCAGAGUUUUUAUGGUGGUGACAGCGAGGUGUUCAUAAUGGAAAGCCCUCAACCAACUGAUGAGAAAUCCCUAGCUCAAUUCUUGGCAGCUGCAGAAGAAGCAGCAUCAAAGGCCAAAAUGUGA